AUGUCUCAACAGUAUCUUAAGGGCAAGACAGCCAUAGUCACGGGAGCGGGAAAGCCGAAUGGGAUAGGGGCAGCGUCCGCCAUCGCCCUAGCUGGACAAGGUGCCAAUGUGUUGAUCCAUUACAACAGCUCCGCCGGACCUGCAGAGGAAGUCGUCAGUAGGAUCAAGGGUCUUGGAGUUCAGGCGGCGGCCGUCAAAGCCGAUGCCUCGAGCGCCGACUUCGGCAAAACGCUCGUCGAUGCGGCCCUGAAGUCCUUCAACACCAAAACCAUUGAUAUCAUCGUCAACAAUGCCGGGUACGCUGCACCCAAUGUUGAGGGAAUCAAAUCCGUCGGUUUCGACGAAUGGGAUACGACCUUCCGAAUCAAUGUUCGAGGUCCAUUCGACCUUAUCCAGGCAGCACUUCCGUACAUGAGGGAAGGCGGACGUGUCAUCAAUAUAGGAAGCAUCGCAAGUCUCCCGUCCCCGUCCCGUGCUUCCAAAGGAGCGUUGACCUCCAUGACAGUUGCCAUUGCGGAGGAGCUUGGCCCCAAGGGCAUCACCGCCAACGUGGUAUCUCCUGGGCCUAUAGCCACGGAUCUGUCCAUGGAGGGGUCACCCAUCGGAGCAAGGCUAAGGAACAACCAGCACAUCAAGAGAGAGGGCAAAGCGACCGAGGUUGCUGAGACGGUCCUUUUCAUCGCGAGCCCCGGAGCAUCGUACAUCUCCGGACAAGUCAUCCACGUCGAUGGCGGCAUCGCAUUUCCAUGA